UUUUCGGAAAGCAUCUGCCUUCGAUUUUUUUUCGAUCCGUCCUUCGUUGCCUAGUGUCGCCUUUUAUCAAGCUCCAGCGGAUAAGGAUGAUGUCUAGGACUCCCUGGAGGAUAGGCGACCAUCUGUCCUCGCCAUGGGCUCUUCCAACUGUAUAUGGCCCUGUCAUGAGCUACGAGCUUCGACAGGACUUUGGCUAAUCCGCAUAAAUGGCGGCAUUCCUGGUUCGGCUACAAUGCGGAUGCUUUCGCGAUUCCAGUAGAAGCAUUGGCUGUGCGCAUACAUAUCUACGAUGCCGACUUCUGCUAAAUGGUGUAUUUCAUGCAGAUGAUCCUCUCGCUGCUGUCGUAUACACACUAGAACAUGGGAUAUACAUUGCUCUGGUUGGACUUUUCUUCUCCGUGUUCUGGGAUGCAUUGUCGCAAAGAUCCCCCAUUCCGGUAUAGGUGCUGUCAUACACAUCGUCGGUUGUUCGGUGAAUCGCGUACAUUCCAAGAUAUCCGAUUUGUUUGGUUCGCUGAAGCCCCGCCCUUUGAAUGUAUGGGUGCCCUCUGGAAAGUUCGUCGCUUGGAGAUCAUGGAUCGCGGCUUGUCUCAUUCAGUUGCCUGGGUUCAAAUCAUUAGGAAGUCAUGCACUGCAGUUCUUCUGGGGAUGCUGUCGCGGCAGCGGAGUACUUAUUCGCAGCCCGCAUCGGAUGUCGCGUCCCCCACGUAAUGGAGAUGCCCCUGCCCCAUGCCACAAGGAUUCCAAUGGUCCACAAAUGCUUCUCGCUAUGAUCUGCCAUCCUGCGCUUUGUACAGCGAUGACAGCAUUGUAGGUCUCGAUAUGAUGUCGCCCGUGUCGUGAUCGAGCUCGCUAGGCGGCGGCUGGCGCUUGAAAGCAUCAUCUGCAAGGGACCUUGUGCUGCAGCCCAUCGUAGGCAUUUCUGCUGGUGAGCUCGUCAAUGUAAGGAGAAACGCACCUCGCAGACGAGAAUUCUUGGGGCUUGAUGCAGGCAGACAUCUGGAGGUUUCGCCAACUGCCUGACACAUGGAUUGGUGUUGAGCUUUGCGGGGGUGUCCCCC